AGAACAGAAAGUUGGGUGUCAGAAACAGAAAACACUGGGUUCAGGAAGGGCGCGAUAGAGUCAUGAUGGCAGAAAGUACGAGCAAGUUUCCUGCGUGGACCAUCAUCUACGUUUUGUUUUUCAUACUCAGGUUCAUUUCUGACGCUGCAGGCCAGUGCACAGACGGCAUCUACCAGCACGAAGGAAGGGACUGCUGUCAGUGUGGGGUCGGUCUAAAGCUGGUGCAGCACUGUGUUAGCAAUCUACAGCAUGGGACAUGUGAGUCUUGUGAUACCGGGAGAUUCAGGAGUGAAGCAAGUAGUGAGAAGACCUGUGAGAGAUGCAGAUCCUGUACACACCCCAAUGAAAAUCUGGAGGUAGAUGAACCAUGCACCCCUUCCAGGAACACUAAGUGUCGCUGUCAACAGGACCACUACUGCGUCAGCAGCACAGACAUCUGUCACCUCUGCCACCCUUGUAAAAAGUGUGGUGCUGAGGGCAUCAAAGUACAAUGUGCAGGCAACAAUAACACAGUCUGCAAUGAAGAAAAGGAAGAUGGGAAUCACGCGGGGAUGAUAGUUGGCAUAAUUGCAGCUAUUAUACUCAUUGCUCUUGCAUUAGUUGCUGUGUUCAUUUAUAAAAGGAGACGAUCAGGACAACAAAACAAACAUCAAGUAAAUGGACAUGAGAUGCAACCCUUUCAAUUUGCAGAUGUGGAGCUCCAGCCUCUCAUCCCUGACAUUGCAAUAGCUAUUGGAUGGAAAGACAUGAAGGUAGUAGCAAUGAAAAGCGGGAUGCAGAAGACUAGGAUUGAUAACUGUGAACAGAAUAACCAGGGUGACAGAGAGGAGCAGACCCUUCAACUACUGCAGAUCUGGAGGGAAGGAGAGGGCAGGAAGGCACCAGAGAAGCUGAUAAGACUCCUUCAACAAAGUGGCAAAGAGGCCAAAGCAGAAAAAGUGGCUGAGAUUUUAAGACAUGCUGCAUCAAAUCAGGUUUAAAUGAUAGGUGUCCUGAGAACUUUUAAAUAUUUGCAGACAUGUCUAAGGGAGGGGGUCAAUAUAGGAUUUUAUAGCAGAUUAUAAAACAAAAAGUUUGAUGAGCAUGGUCGUGAAAAUACUCAGGCUCGGUCCAAAAAAAGCUAUCUACCUAACUUGGAAGUGUGUGUGUGUGUGGGAGGGGGUGUCGGUCUUUGAACAGAUGCCAACAAAUGACACUUAAAUCCCAUGUUGUGCACAAUUUUAAGAGUUUUAAGCUGACUAUAAUCAGUCAGAUAACUUGAAUAGCCAUUAUUUUUAACAGCAAUAGUAGUAUCAUAAAAUUCUGGUCUUGAAAUGCAUGAGCUGUGUUAUUGCUGAACGGCAUCGGGUGUUGUGUUUACAUUAUAGUACGAAAUAUGAAUGCUGAGACUGCAUGCUGAAUUUUACAAUAUUUUUUUUUAAUACUGUGAUUUUUUACAUGCUGUGGCUGAGUCACUGUGAUCUCCCUCUCAGUUCAUUAACCCAAGAUGAUUGUUGUUGGGGUUUCCAUCCAGAAGUACUAUUGUAUUACAAAGCAUGCACUGAAUAAUAAUGUCGAAGCAGAAAAGUUUGUGUUGUAUGGAUUAUGUAAAGCUUUCAUCAACCUGUACAUUGUGCAGUAUACCUGAAUGGAUAUAAACAGUGAAAAGACGAGUGUCACUUGUUUGCAGUUUAUAACUUUUAAAGCUGUAACUGGAUUUUAUUUGAGCUGCCCUGAAGGCAUGACAUGAAAUGCAUUAUUUGAAGCCUUACUUCACAGUUAUUUUAGAAGUAUCAUGUUGAAAAAAGUUUAUGGAACUAAUGUCAUUUUAAAGUUUUUCAUAAGUAUGUAUCAGAAUUUUGACCAACUCACACCCACUGUUGUUUUAUUGACUAAUUAUUAAGUAUCCUUCAAUAGAGGUAUCAAAAGAAAAACGGAGGGUAGAAUUAACCAUAUUUAAAGAAGCUAAGGCCUACAUGUAUGAAUUAGAAUAAAGAAUCAUUGAGGUAUUACUGAAUUUAUUUUUCAAUUUUAAUAUCCAUUUUUUUAUUACUGAGUUUCAAAAUUGCAUAAACUUCUGCUCUAUAAAUUCUUUUUUCCAUCCUUACUGGCACCCGGUGUGUACAAUGCAAAACAGAUGCUAAACAGUUCUUGUUUUCUAUACAAACAUAAGUAGCUAUCCUUAAUUUUUUUCUUUUAAAACUACUGUUAAAUUCGUUAUUCCUGAUUUAAGACGGAAUAAUUAACAACAGAUCUUAAAAAACAAUAACAAAUCAGACCACAAACAGAAAAAAAGAUUUCCAUCAAAUUCAAAUGUUAAUUCAUUUCAUCCCAACUUGUAUUGCUCAUGUGGAUAUCAAAAGCCCCUGAAAAUGUGUAAUGACUUUUAGAGGGUAAUUUAAGGGGACUUUUUAGGACCAGUUUAGAAUCACAUUAAGCUGAAUCAGUUUCAUGUUCCUGUCCUGUAAACACACAGGAAGACCAUCUGUUUAGUCUGCCUAGCCUACUUUCAUUUCUCUUCAUUCUGCCCAAAAUUGCAACACUGGCACCAAAGAGCCCACUUUUUUAAAUUCUGUUCAGGUCUGUAAAACAUUUGUCCAUAUUUCAGAAAAAGUUAGAGAAUUUUCUCUUGCAUUCGCUGUCUAACUUAUUUGCCUCAUUUCAACUUGGUGUUACUCUGCUUGUUUUUAUUUAUUUUAUCACGUUGUUUUAUUUUUUGUGUUUUAUUCUUUCUGUACAGUGACCUGGAGUAUUUAGAAAGGCGCUUCUAAAGAAAAUGUAUUAUUAUUAUUAUUAUUUACUCUUUCCAUGUCCAUCGAUCAAUCAACAUCACAUGAAUCCAAAAAGAAAACGAAUCCGGGGUUGAUUCUAGUUUUAACAUUUGUCCCAACCUGACUGAUAGAUUGUGGCAAAAAUGGAGACAAAUGCAAGCUGGCAUAAAAAUCAAUCAUUUAUUAAUAAAGUAGUAAAUUUAAGUUCAGAUGUUAUGGGUAAUGUUGACUGUAUGUGAUUGCAUGUCAGAGUUUAUGUGUUGAGUGGAACUGAAGAAACCAGUUGUCAGAACAUGCACUCCAUGCCACAGUGGGUAAUAACCAGGGCCUGAGUCAGAAAUCUCUUGUAGCAACAUGCAUCAUCCAGCUGAUGACCCCCCAUUCAUCUCUCUCAAACAAUUGUCAUUAAUCUUUUUGUCACUUUAUGCACAGAUGCCUUGUGUUCUUCAGGGAUGUUUCAUUACAAGUUUUUGUGUUGUCAUGUGAAUGCAGAUUUGAAUUUUAACACAAAGAAGCGACUUCUCAGUUUUUAGUGUGGCCGUUCAAACAAGGCCCAAGUGUGCUACUUCACUGUGCCUUGUAAUAAAAGGAGUUUACCUGCA